AUGAAGAAGAAAGUAAUACUACUAAAAAAUCCAUCAGCACCAAAAGAUCCAUAUAAUGAUCAAUUCGAAUCAAAAACUUCUUACAAGCCAAAUUUUAUACCAUUAUUAACUCAUACUCAUUCACCGAAUAAACAAACAACUCAAAACUUUCUUAUUUCAACAUUUUUAGAGUUUUCGAUAUUUAUAAUAACAAGUCAAAGAGCAGUAGAAAUGUUAGGUGAAUGUAUAUCAGAUUUAAAACCAAAUAUUAAAUCUAAGAUAUUUGAAAAAAUUGGUUAUACUGUUGGACCAGCAACUUUUAAAAUGUUAAAAGAUAUUGGAUUCCAAGAUGUAAGAGGUGGAAUUGAAGCAGGUAAUGGAUUAAAAUUAUCUGAAAUUAUUAUUAAUGAAGUUUCAACAACUUCCAAAAUUUUAUUUUUAACUGGAGAAAUUAGAAAAGAUAUUAUACCAAAGCAACUUACUCAAGCUAGUUUUAAAAAUUUUAAAGAAUAUGCGAUGUAUAAAACUGAAGAAAGAAACGAUAUUGUUAUAAAUUUUGAAAAUCAAAUAUUUGAAAGUUUUGGUUGGAUUAUAUUUUUCAGUCCUCAAGGAACAAAAGAUAUAAUUGAAUAUUUGAAAGGAUCCAAAAGUGAUAUUCUUAAAAAUUGGAAAUUAGCAAGUAUUGGUCCUACUACUGAAGAAUAUUUAAUAAAUGAACAUGGUUUAAUUCCUCAAGUUGUUGCUAAAAAACCUGAUGCUUCAAAUUUAAUUGAUGGCAUACUAAUGUAUGAUGAAGAAAAUUCACAAUAA